GAAAGGUCACAGUGUUGGAGGGACAGCUGGUGCUGGUUUAAAUGUGUGAUGGAGACUGCGUUUCUCACCUGUAUGCUUGUUUCUUCAUUUGUGGUGCAUUCCUCUCAUGUCAGCAACACAGAAUGGAAUGAUGUUGUGGUGGCUAGAGAGGGUUCGCCUGCCACCUUGGUCUGUACUGAUACAACAAUGAGAGGUGCUGUGUCCAUAAACUGGAUGGUGAAGUCACUUCAUGGUGCCAGGGAAUGGAAAUUGGUUCUCUCAGCUAAUGAAAGGAAGGAGUUCUCUGGUGGCGCCUCGAAGGCAUCCAUGCGACUGACUGACCCAAACUUUCAGGAUACUGGGGUUUUCUCUCUGAUGUUUUCCCCCAAAAUGGAGGACGGAGGUCUCUACUCAUGUUUGAUCAAGCAGCAGGAGAGGAAACUGAAAGAGAGGAUUAUCCUCCUAGCUAUCCUUACAGUCUCCAUCCUCCCAUCUCCAGUCAUUCCUCAGUAUAGCACCCUACGUAUGAACGCCAGUGUUUAUCCCAGCAUUGCCAUCACCAAAAUCACUUGGACAUCACCUGGAGGCAUGUCACUGAAGAGUGAGAAAAUAGCAAACGUGGUAACAGCGACUAAACGGCCACGGGUCCAGAGCAGUGAUGAGGGCAUCUACGUCUGCACAGUUUACCCCUGGGGUAACAGCAGCAGCACUCAUUUUACAUUCAAGGUGAACGUCACCAUUGCUGACAAAGUUGUCUCAUUCACUGAUGUAAAACACGACAAUGAGAUCUCCACUGCCACACAGGAACAGAUCUCCUUAAACCUGAAGUGUCCUGAUGUCCAGGGCGACUUUGUCCAGCUGUUCUGGACACCUGGAGACAUAAGUAAAAUGGAGCGUGUCUAUGAGUAUGAUCGCUGGAGGGAUUCCAGCUUUAUGAAUGAGAAGAGCAGGAGACUCAAGCUUGCUGGCCCACCCUAUAACGCAGAGGCUGGGAGCUUCUCCUUUCUGCUCACGCCUGACGUCAGUGACGGUGGCCUCUACGCGUGUGAGGUGUUCCAAAAUGACAAUGCUUUCAGUCAGAGGACAGUGCUCAGCGUGCUGAAAGUUAAGGCCAGUCGUUCAUCCUCAAGGCUGGAGUUGACGUGCAAGUACUCUGCGGUGUCCCACAUACAACGUGCCAUCUGGACCUACCAGGACAAAAAUCGGCGUCUGGAGUGCUCGAGUGUUAAACCAGGCGUCAUCACCACCUCUGUGCCCUUACCAGUCACCUCUGACACAGCUGGAAACUACACCUGCACCAUAAAUAUGAAAAAAGGACCGACCAUUUGGGCCACACACACUGUCACACUGCCCCCUAAAGAUGGGGAAAAGGUGAAUGUCGGUGUUGCCACCCCCUCCAAGCUCCCUUCUCUCUCUGCUUUAUUACUCCUGGUGCCCCUGGUUGCUGUGGCUGUUGGUGUGUUGCUAUGGAGACAGAAACAAAUUUCUGAUCGCGGUAUUGAGCAGUCUCUGUCUGUCCCCUCUGGUGAAGUAGAGAACAUCUAUGAGAAUCCUGAUGAUGUCAAACAGGCUCCUCCCCAGGGCUCGGUCUACAUGGAUUUGAAGCCAAGAGGAGAGGAUGAUGUCUAUAAGGAACUAGAGCGAUGAGAGGAGUGUCAAAGCUGAUCACCUACCCACAUCUCGUCCUCAUGCAGCUGUCACAUCUGCUCAGUUCCAAUCUGCAACAGAAGGGCUUUAUAAACAAUAGUUGCAACUGAAUGUAUGAGUUAGUAUAUUGUGCUUCAG